CGCUCGAAAGCGUGUCCAAGACGGAUGGGUCCCUUUUGCCCAAAUCCAAGAUGGAAUUCGUAGGCAGCUCCAACAUCCUGCCCACGACAGAACGGACUCGCCAAAGAGGAUUUCUACGGGAACUCCAUGAACCUCAGCCAGACGGCAUAGACGACAUUCAGGGGUUGUGGGAGCUGUAGUCCAAAACUUCUAAAGGGAACCAAGUUGCCUACUGCAAAGAAUAAAUCUCGAAUGGCAGACGCUCUAUCUGAUAGCCAGCGUUGAGAUCCCUUUGAUCAGUGUUGGGAAUGGCAAGAACAACAUAUUUAUUGGCAAAUAGAUGGACCAGGAUUGUCUCCUCCGGACCUGGGCAACAUGGGAAUAACCAACUAGACGACAUUAGGAGGGUUACACGAGAGUGCCCCGGAAGCGGAAAGGAGGGGAAACCCGGAAGUGGUUGCAGAUGGGCUAGAGAUUGUUUGCCGGUUGUUUUGCUGGUUUGUUUCCUUGCGUCCCUCGCAGCCCCUUCCCUUGCCAGGCGGAGGAGGAUGAAUUUGUCCUGGCGCGGGCAGGGGUGGCGCCCGUGGGUGGCCUGCCUGCUUGGGAGCCUUCUGGCAGCAGUAGCUGAAAGAGAUGAAACUACUGACUUCCUGUCUGAAAAGUUAAGCGAAACUAUCCCACCAUUCAGUGUAGAAAGCAAUUCUGCACAUGCAAGCAACAAUGGGCCUAAGGAACCAGUUCAGUACAGGACUGCAGAGAUUGCUGAUGCUAUGAUGGGUAGUGGCAUGCCUGCAAGUCAGCCUGUAGUAUUGUCAGUUAUUCCAGGUGAGACAAAGGAGAGAAAUCUAUUUGAAUCAGACACGGACACCUGUGAUGCAGCAGUUGAUGGUGAAUGUAGUACACAGGGUAUCGCUUCAUCUCUAUCUCAGCCAGAAUUUCAUGCACAGGAUCCAAUAAUAGAGCCACCUGUAAUACUGGAGGCAGUGCAUCCUUCAUCAGUAGAAGACUCUAAUAGCACAGACAGUAUGAAAACUCCAAAAGUGAAUUGUGAGGAAAGAAACAUUACAGGGAUGACUAAUUUCACCUUACAAAUCUUGAAUAUUUCCCAAGAUUUAAUGGAGUUUUUAAAUCCAAAUGGAAGUGACUGUACAUUGGUCCUGUUUUAUACCCCUUGGUGCCGUUUCUCUGCCAAUCUGGCUCCUCAUUUUAAUUCCUUGCCUCGAGCAUUCCCAACUCUUCAUUUCUUGGCAUUAGAUGCUUCUCAGCACAGCAGUUUGUCAACCAGAUUUGGAACUGUGGCAGUUCCUAACAUCCUUCUUUUUCAAGGAGCUAAGCCCAUGGCAAGGUUUAACCAUACAGAUCGAACCUUGGAAAUGCUGAAAGCUUUCAUUUAUAAUCAGACAGGAAUAGAGCCCAAGACUGAUGUGGCAGUGACUGAAGAAGAUCAAGUUGGUCCCCUGCCUAGCACACUGAGCAGAGGAAUAGAUUGGCUUCUUUUAUUUUCUUUACUAUUUCUUAUCAGUUUCAUCAUGUAUGCUACUGUUCGAACUGAGAGUAUUCGGUGGUUAAUACCUGGUCAAGAUCAAGAGCACCAGGAAUGAUACGUGAACAGAACUGUAAAUUUCAAAACAAGUUAAGCUACAUAAAAUUGUACAGAUAGUCAACUCUUUGUGACUUCUUGUGAGCCGGAACCCUAUCUUGUUCAUCAUGUGUUCCAGAACACACACCAUUCCUGAUCAGAAAUUGUGCUACAAAUAUGAAGACGUGUAGUUGGAAAUUACUAAUAAAAUGCUGCUGGAUCAAUUUUAUGUGACAAAAAAAUGCAUCCUGGUGACAUGCUUUAGAAGCUCAUUUAGGGGUGUGGGUGGAGAUUGGGAGAUUUCUGGGGUUCUCUGGUCUUUGGGAAAACAAACAGUUUCAGAUUGUAGAAAAUUACAAGGAUGUUUUGUACCUUGGAAGAUGACUGCAGAUGCAGAUGAUUCGAAAAUGGAAAUAACAGACAUAGGUAUGAGCUUAGAUUUUAGAAAGUUCCCUGACCUUUUUGUGUUGGGGUUUUUGUUUUGCAUCUCAGAUGCUGUGUAACCUACAUUAGAGUAGGAUUGUUAUAUUGAACUAGGUGGAGCCCCUACCCACAUUUUUAAUGUAGGUAGGAAAUGUAUCAGAAUUAACUUCUUUAUCAGAUAUGUCUUGUAUUGUUGUAUGUUCUUGAGUCCAGGUUUAAACCCUAUAAUGUUAUUAGACUGCUGAAAUUGUCACACUUGUGGUGCUCUGAUCACAGUAUUUGAAUUAUUGCUGCUGUAGUUCAUGACAGGAGUUUAAAGGUAAGUUUCAUUAAUUUCUGAUGUGUAAACCUGACAUUUACUUAAGGCUGAUUGAACAAUAUAUUUUGGCAUUCUAAGAGGGCAGAAUGCAUAGCAAAAACCACAGAUAUAAAACAAUUGUAAAUGGGAAAGGUGUAUGUUAUUUCAUGCUUAGCAAAGUUACUUGAAGCACUGGUGUGAUUAUACUAUUUGAAAGUGAAUGGUAUAGUUUUAUUGUUUCUCACUAUGAUUUUGUAUUGUGUUUUUACUAAAAUAGCUUGAAUCAACAGAAAACUUUAAAAUAGGCAGUAUUAAACUAAGUUGUAAUCCUAAGCUGCUCCUACUAACUGUGUCUUCAUGUGUACUCUCAAAACCCUGUCCCUGGAGGUUUGGGUCACCCUCUGAAGCAGAUUUGUUGGGGGCUUUGUUGUGGAGGAAUGGAGCAGAAUCCUACUGGACGUAAGAGUUCACCCAAUAUGAAGAAUAAAUCCAGCUACAAUAAAUCAUGGCUACAAUAUAUCCAGCAACAUCAUACUUCUGUGGCAUUUUUGAGACUACUGUAUCACAAUAAACCUAUUAAAUGUCAGUGUUCCAA